AUGAGUGCACCCCGAAGCAAUAAAACCAAAGUAGUAAUUGUUGGUGCCGGACCAGUUGGGUGCGUUUGCGCGUUAGCUAUGAAAAAGAGAGGCCACAAUGUCGUCAUUUACGAGGCCAGAAGUGACCCUCGUCUAAAUCGCAACGGCAAAGACACAUUGCGGUCCAUCAAUCUUGCCAUCAGUGCGAGGGGAAUCAGGACGCUGAAAACAUUAGACUAUGGCCUUUUUGAAAGGAUUGCGAGUAAUUUUGUUCCCAUGCAGGGCCGCAUGAUCCACUCUUUGAAAGGAGAGCAGACCAGUGUUAAGUACGGCCUAAAUGGUGAAAGUAUCAACUCGAUCAGCCGCUUAGAACUGAAUCGACUGCUUUUGGAGGAAGUUGAUCGCGCAGGAGUGGAGAUAAAGUUCGAAUACAAGUUGAAGUCGGCUACUUUUACAAGUCAACCUGAGUCUGUUUAUGAAACAAGCCGACCGGAUCGCGCCAGUAGGGAGGUGAAAGUUCGCUCAGAUGUUAUUAUUGGAUGUGAUGGAAGUCAUUCAAAACUAAGGUAUGAAAUGCAGAAAGCUUGUGAUAUGAAUUACUCGCAAGUUUUUAUCGACCAUCACUAUAUCGAAAUGGUCGUGCCAUCUGCUAAUGAUGGUGGCUACGUUUUCAACCCGAAUCAUCUGCACAUAUGGCCUCGUAAAGACUUCAUGUUCAUUUGUUUGGCCAAUAGCGAUGGCUCGUUCACAGGAACAUUGUUUGCUCCCCGCCAGCUUCUGGAUUCGUUGAGCACCUUCGAACUGUUCCUCGAGUUCUUUAGAACCAACUUUAACGACGCUUUACUAUCUAUGGGCGAGGAACUGCUUUCACAGUAUUACAAAAAUCCUCGUGGUAAGCUCAUGAGUGUGAAGUGUACACCGUACCACUAUCGAAACAUUGCCAUAAUUUUAGGCGAUGCAGCUCAUAGCACCGUUCCGUUUUACGGCCAAGGACUCAACUGUGGUCUGGAGGAUGUGCGUGUUUUAAUGGAGUUGAUGGAUAAGUAUCCAUCUCAAAAGGCGUUCUCCGAGUACUCCAUUAUCCGUCAUGACGAUUUGGUAGCUAUCAAUGAUCUGUCCAUGCGCAAUUAUAUCGAAAUGCGGCACUCAGUGAGUACUCUAGGUUUUGCGUUCCGGAAGAAACUGGAUGCCAUCCUGUGCAAAGUCUUGGGAGACCGCUGGUUGCCACUUUACACUAUGGUAUCAUUUAGGCCGGACAUAAGAUAUUCAGAGGCAGUCCGGAGGGAUGCGCAGCAGGCCCGUAUUUUGAGAAUUCUACAAAACGCUAUUGUUUUUGGCGCUGCAAAUGUAGUGCUUGCCGCUGGUGUCCUUGGACACCGACACUUGCUGAGCACGUCUGGCUAUAUUCAUGGCUAUUGCAGCAACGGAACUCAGUACGUAUCCAACUCAUUGGCAUGGGUAUGGAACGAAUCGAGCCGCAAGAUAUCUGAUCAGAUCGAACUUUUUCAAGAGGUACUACCCAGCCUGACAUCUUUCCCAUCCGCCGCUGGCUCAAUUAUUUCUAACACCGGGAGGAUGAUUCGACAAGUCCUCGAAUACCAGUUGACUCAACUCAAUCGUAUUCGCCAAACCGUUGAGGAGAGAGCUCGGGCUAUCUCAAACUAG